AGGUGUCGAUUCUGCCGUGUCGAUUCUGCCGUGUCGAUCGUCGACCACGACAGCCAAGAGAACCCAGGCGGUCGAAGAAUCGUUGUUCGCGCAGCUGAUGAAGCCGCGCUCGACGAUGCGUUCGACGGUGCAAGAGAGCCAGACAGUCCGUCUGCAGGAAGGCCAAGUCCAAGCCAUUCGGUCGAGGUGGUCGAGCGGCACACGCAGUCGAGACCAGGGUGGGUGGUCGGAUGGCCUCGGUCCGAGGCAGAAGAUGCAAAUCAUGCAAACGCAGAAGAUGCCGACGCAAAUCAUGCAGAUGCAAAUCGUCCAGACGACCAGGGUCGCAGGCAGCCGGCAGCCGCUUUCUCAGCCAAGCCAGGCGACGGACUGGGCCGCAAGGGCCAUGGAGGUGAGCACCAGAGUCGCAGGACACAGCAGGAACAAUCGCAAGCAGGAACAGUUGCAAGCAGGAAGGAGAACCAUCACAAUCCUCGAUGGACUCGACACACGCCGCUGCCCUCAACAAGACUCGGAGGGAUCGAGAUGGAUCGGCAACAGCAGCACACAGGAACGAACAGCGAAGACGGACGACGAGGACGGACGGCGAGGCAACUGCAAUAUCCCCAACCAAGUAUCAACGCAACGCACAUGCGGGAGCAGACACCAACGCCCAGCACCGGCAACCAGCAGCGUCACCGAAGGCACCAAAAUGGUCUUGACCUUUUCAAGAUUGAUCCGUCAGGGGUUCUGACGAAGAGUUGAAGAAUUGGCGGAGGAUCGACAGGGCGUAUAUCGGUCGUGCGGCCCCAGCCGCAGCAUCGCACACUGUUUGGCUGCUGGAUGAUAUUCAGGAAAUAUUCCCUGCUGCAGAUCGCAAAGUCUUGCUCAGAUGAUUUAUGUCGUCCCAAACGAUUGCUGGGCCGAUUGCAACAUCUCCUGAACUCUCUCAACAAGUCUCGUCGCUCUCCCAAAUCGGAAGCGUUUCUUUCUUCCUUGGAGGGGGGUAUCCUCGCCUCUAUGUGUGGCA